CAGGUGUCUGGCUGCGUUAUCAUUCUGCUCGCGGUUUUGUGAACUAUCACGGUCUCAAGCAUCGCUUCUAUGAGACAGAUAGUGUCCCGUAUAACUACCGAAGUAGGCGGCAACGCGGCCCGUGGACGGUACGCAAAGUCGGUUGACGCAUCCGUUGUUUGCUAGCUGUCUCCGAUCACUACUGCAGCUUCAGAUAUUAAUCCCAAAGUGGCACGCAAUCUUCGCUACUCACUCGUUUUCGAGGCAAGAUGCUGAUCCGUUAUGAAGCAAACUCUGUCAACCAUCGUCGCGAGCUGCCUGAAGACCCAUGCCAGACAGUAUAUAGGUCCGCUGCAGUGGAUCUGACGUGUCCUCGAUAAGCAUCCCAGUGCACGAUGUCGGGCCUCCCAUCCACAGAUACUAUAGCUGCUAUGAGCUCCGAAGUCGAGCUCUAUUGGUGCCAACGAGGAGCUCCGGUCAAUAAAGCAGUGUUCUUCCUUCUGCGGAUGUCUAUCCUUGGAACCGUACUUGCGAACAUCCUGACGUCUAGUUGUGAAGCUGCGUACACAUCUAACACGGCAUUCUGGUUCAUUGGAACUCUUGUCAUCACGGCCGUCACUGCUAUACGUGUAUACGUAAUAAAUGAAGGCAAAUGGACUUGGACCGCUGUCACUUUGAUUCUAAACUCAUUCAACAUUGGCUGGAAUGGUUACACUACCUAUGCAACUUCGUACCAGCUCGUCAUGUCUGGAGACUCGUGGGCUUGUGAAAUAUCAGAGGCCAUGCCCGCGGAACUAAACACAAUCCACGGGCUCACUCGUCUUCAUGUCUCAUGGCCUCGUUUUCAAGGGUCAUUGCUUUCGCUGAUAUGUGGCAUGUUGGCCGACAUGGUCCUUAUCAUCGUGACGUGGGUAUGCACAUUCCACCAUGUCAGAGCCCAACGGAGAACGCGACUAUGGUCGCGUUCCAUUGCCUGGCUUCUAUUCAGAGAUGGUCGGUACUAUUUGCCGCUACUCAUAGGGAUAGCGAUGUUUUCUCUAAAUCUCGUCGUUUGUGUGAUUGGCGCAUGGUCCAACAAUCUCACCUGGAUUAGUAACUUCAUCCUGCCCCUCCAACUGGUCCUGAUGACUCGGCUUUUGAUCAACUUGCGGGAGGCGUCCCGGUCUGGGGGCAACCUCAUUAUAGGACCCCAAAGCACGCCUGCUGAGAGCUGGGAUCGGUCUGAUCCCGCCAUCGAAUAUUCGGCUCUUAGGUUCCGUGACGGCCGCUCUCUCAGAGAUGAUGAAGAAACGCGUGACAAUCAAAUGGAGACCGGAGGCUCAGGCAACGACACCGAUGAUGACACCCCCUAGAUGGUUGCCAGCUACAGCAUAGCUGUCGCGACCUAAGGAGCGGAAGUGGUCUUUGUGCUAUGUAUGGAGCGAAGAAGAACACACUCGCCUUCGUCGUAUUCUCUUGUGAUCGUAAUAUACAUUGCGAAGAUGCUGUGUAUAACUUAGCGUGUAGAAGAACAAGAACGAAAGCGACGUGGAGGGUAUAAUGAUACACAGCAGCACGGACGGUCCAGGUUCGGGGCGUGCGAUGGGUGACUAGCGGGAUACAAACAUAGAGAAGAGCGAACGCGCGAUCGGAAUAGAACCGGCGAAAAGCACGAGCAAGUCCAGCGCUCGUGGUGAGAUGCAACGAUGACGGUCGACGCCGCCG